GCAUCUCAGCUCUGAGCUCAGCGGACGCUUCAUCACACCAGCCACUGGAUGCCUUUCCAAGCAGAAGAAAGCAGAUCUGAGGCUUGUAGCUGAGGGUAAACCUCUGAGAAGCGGAUGAAGAAACAGAUCUUACUACGUUUCACAUACAGAGGACUAGUCAGCAAAGGAAAAAAGAGCAAAAGAAGAAAAUGGCCAAUUUUAUAUUACGGAAAGCCGAGCCCAAGGACGUGUCUGACAUACUGCGACUCAUAAAGGAAUUGGCAAAAUUUGAGGAAAUGGAAGAUCAAGUUAUUCUCACUGAGAAAGAUCUGCUGGAGGACGGGUUUGGAGAUCAUCCGUUCUAUCACUGUAUCGUGGCAGAAGUUCCCAAACAGGAGCAGAGCGUUGAUGGUCAUGUGAUCAUUGGCUUUGCCAUGUAUUAUUUCACCUAUGACCCCUGGAUUGGGAAACUGCUCUACUUGGAGGACUUCUAUGUCAUGAAAGAGUUUCGGGGUUUUGGAAUUGGGUCUGAAAUCCUGAAGAAACUGAGUCAGACGGCGGUCAGGACUCGGUGCAGCAGCAUGCACUUCAUCGUGGCGGAGUGGAACAAGUCCUCCAUUGAGUUUUACAAACGGCGUGGAGCGUCUGAUCUCUCGCUGGAGGAAGGAUGGAGGCUCUUUAAGAUCGACAAGCAGAACCUGCUCAAGAUGACCGAUGAGGAGUGAACACGGGAGAUCGUUGCAGUCAGUGAUUAAACCUCUGGUGUUCACUAAAGUGGACAGAUCUUUAAGUCAUUUUGAAGCAUUCAGGGUGUGAUGUUACAUCCCAAACCUUUAAUUCUUACCCAUAAUACCCAUAAAUCAUUGAGUUCACACCUUAAAAAAAAAAAAAAAGUGAGAUGUGUAAUUCUCUCGACAUCAUUUCAAAAAAAAAAAUUCUUGUUUUGAAGUAAAAAUAUACAUAAAAUAUGUAUUUUCUUUUGUGAUUUAAUCAUUCAUGAAUCAGGAUGUAAUGUAAUGAAUCAUAUGUACUGAUGUGGCAUGUUCACUUCUUCUGUAUACUUCAAUCUUAAAUUCGUUUCUUAAUAAAACGUUUAAAAUAGAA